GACCAAGCACUGGCGGACGAGAUCCUCAAGGCACGAUCUACUUCUGGCGUGAGUACGAACGAAAUCACGGCUUCCUCUGCUAGUGGGCACCUUCCCCAUUCAAAGUCGACGGCAAGCUCUACUAUACCGCAGAGCACUGGAUGAUGGCAAGCAAAGCGCGCCUCUUUCGCGACCAGCCCAUGAUGGUCAAGAUCUUGCAGGCCUCGCAUCCGGGCAAGGCGAAAGCGCUCGGCAAGCAAGUCAGAGGCUUCAGCGAGAAGGUGUGGGUGCAGAACUGUGAUCAGAUCGUGGAAGAGGGCAACAUGCACAAGUUUCGCGGCAACGAGGGACUGAAGAAAAAGCUGCUUGCGACGGGCGAUCGUGAACUGGUCGAGGCGAGCCCGCAUGAUCGCAUCUGGGGUGUUGGGUUCGAUGCUGCCCAUGCUGAGGCGAAUAGACAGUAGUGGGGCCAGAGCAAACUGGAUGUGGCAUUGAUGAGAGUGAGGGAGAGGCUGAGAGAGGAAGAUCGGAUGAAGGAGAAGAAGGGUGAGGUUGUUGAGGGGGUCGAUGGAGACGAGGCAGAAGAGUCGCAGGCUGGCUGAUGCGGGUCGGAGCGGUGGAGCAUAGGGAGUCUGAGGAGUCUGGGGCCUUGGUGAAGUCCAAUCGUGCACCAUCGAGCAGUGAUAAAGGCUUUCGUCGUAUAAUUUUGUAUGAGUACAAUGUAUCCGGGGCGCCUCCCUGGCUCUCCCUCAAGAUCUCGGUCGGCAUCCAUGCCUCGGCAGGAACCGCGAAUCCUUCCAAUUCCUUCCUUCCUAAGAUCUCCCAUCAAGUCCAUCCUUUCUCCUCACAAUUCCUGCAUUACUAGCAAAGACGGAGAAAUACCUCAGAAGCUCAGCCACUCUGUCUCCGUCCCGGCCAAGAGACGUCGAAGCUCGCCAGACGAGGCAAGCGAUAUGCAUCUAUUCUCGGCCACGGCCAGCAGGGAACAUCGGCAGCUAAAAACAUAGCGCAUUAAGGCUGAUGUAAGUACCUGCGGCCUGCCUAUGCAAGAUCUCUUCUCUGUGCGCAUUCUCAUCAAGUCGUGAUCUUUGCAUCUGCCGAGCAAAUCAUCACACAAAUGGGCAGCAUACGGCUUCGGAGGCAUGCAGACACCUCCCGACAGCGACGAGGACACUCGAUUUCGUGAAAUCGCCACCGAAGAUGAGGUGGACCUCGCAGCCUAUGCAGACGAGUCGAACCUCCCGCGUCAUGGCAGCCAGCCGUUCCGAGGAAUCCGAGCGCUUUCUGGUGCUACCAAAGACCAGCAGUUGAUU